CACAGCGUCCACGCUGAACUGUUUUGAUGGUCACGUGCUUGGAUCGGAAAGGUGCUCGUGUGACGCUCUGAUGUUCCCGACGCCUCUGUACUCUCAUGCGGGCCGCGGCUGUUUUUCAGAUGUGUACGAGCCCGCUGAAGACUCAUUUCUGCUUCUAGAUGCUCUGGAGAAAGAUGCCGAAAGACUGAAACACAGCAGGCCAUCGGUGUGUCUGGAGGUGGGCAGCGGAUCUGGUGUUGUGUCUGCUUUUCUGGCAUCUGUUGUUGGGUCAGGAGCAUUAUAUCUCUGCACUGAUGUGAAUCCAGCAGCAUCUCGGUGCACACAGGAAACAUCUCACUGUAACAGCCUUCAGCUACAGCCACUCGUCACUGACCUGGUUGAGUGUCUUUUGCCGAGGUUGAAUGGAAAAGUGGAUGUGCUUGUAUUUAAUCCACCAUAUGUCGUCACCCCAUCAGAGGAGGUGGGCAGUCACGGCAUCGAGGCGUCGUGGGCCGGUGGAAAGGGAGGUAGAGAGGUGAUGGACAGAUUCUUUCCCAUCAUUCCACAGCUGUUAUCGGUUCACGGGCUGUUCUACUUGGUUACCGUUUCCGAAAACAACCCGAAGGAGAUCUUGUCUCUUUUAAGAGAAUCUGGACUAAAAGGAGAUGCAUGUUUGUCCCGUCAGGCUGGGCGAGAGAGACUAUCCAUACUGCGAUUCAGUAAACGAUGAUGGUACCUAAAUACCAGACUCUCAUCAGGACAUAAACACUGUAAAUCACACGGCAAGCUUGUCUGGAUACACCAUGAGAUCAGAGUCUGACACCCAAUGCAAUGUUUAACUCCCGUUAUUACAUAAGAGCAAUUGCACCUGUUCCCAAAUCAUUAUAAUAUGUGACUUAAGGAAAACAUACAGUCUGUUACUGACCUAUUUGUAAUUCAGGAACACAAAUUAAGUCUAGAUUUUUCAAUGUAUUGUAAGGGGAGGAUUACUAGUUUACAGGCUUCUUUUUAAAUGUCAUGCUGUAAUGUUUUAUGGACAAGAUGCCCAGUCAGUUAAAAAACAAAAAGAACCAUCAAAUGAAUCUGUGGGCAGGAUCUACCAAAAACUACCUUAUGCUCAAUUCCAGUAUGCUUCAUCCAGCUGUUAAACAAGAAUAUAACCUGUGUGCAAUUUCCAGAAAAAUGCAAAAUAUUCAUGCCAAAAGCAAAUGUUUAUAUUGUAUGCCGUUACAUAUAAUACUGUGCAGCAUUUGUACCAGGAAAUACAGAGUCCAAGUAACAGUAAAACCAACAAUUUUAGAAGGACUGUUAUCAAGAGCUUUUAAUAAGCUAAAACAUUUGGAAAUUGUUCUUUAGAUCCAAUUUGGAAUGUUUACAAUUUUAUGUAACCAUUUUUACUUAAGAGUACAAUGCAUCAGAUCGCUGAAAUAAAGAACUGACUAUAAUACCAAU